AUGCAGGUCUCUCCAAUCAAAUUGCAAGUGUUUUCUAGUUCUUCUCUACCUGCCCCUAUACAUCCCGACCUGAACCCGGGUCGUUUUGGAAUCCGAACUCCCCUGGAUCGCCCGCCGGACCUCUCAAUUAAGCUCGCGGCGACUUCGAACAGCAAACCAUGUUCACCGGCGGGAGAAUUUAUCCGGCAUCUCUCUCUGUCCUCUGUUCUCCUGGUGGGCCUGGGCUUGAAUAGCAUUUGGGCUUGCCCGUCCGCAGCUGCGGCCCGUAUCCUUCCUGCCUCUACGUCCUCCUCGGGGCACUCGCAGGAGAGUCUUGAGAAUGUGGUUGUGGAGGAAUCCGAAAAUUUUGAGGAUGAGGAUAUGAAAUUAGCAUUUGAAAAGUGGAAGUCUAAAUCGUAUGCGUUAACAGUCCCUCUGAGAGUAGUUGCUCUCCAAGGUUCAUUUCCUUCUGUGUGGCUACGGGAUUUCUUGCGGUCUCAAGGUAAAAGGGUCCGUUUCCGUCCAGAGUACCGUAGAAGCCUGGGAGAUAUAUUUUAUGAAAUUGUUGAUCCAUAUAAGAAAGGGAAAAUCAAUCCUAAAUCUGCCGUGGCAGCUGAUCUCGUUACUCUUGGUGAUUCCUGGCUGAAUUUUGCCAUUAGCAAGGAGUUAAUUGAGCCCAUCCAAGGAGCAGAAGACCAAGUUUGGUUUCAGGAACUGAGUGAUAAAUGGAAGGAAUAUUUACGCAGGAGCAGUGACGGAAAUUUAGAUUCUGGGGGCAGAAUUUAUGCCGUGCCAUAUCGUUGGGGAAGCAUGGUGAUAGCUUACAAUAAAAAAGAAUUUCAAAAGCAUAAAUUGGCACCAGUAGAGGACUGGUCUGAUUUAUGGCGCCCUGAACUUGCUCGAAAGAUUUCGAUGGUUGAUUCACCCAGGGAGAUUGUUGGAACAGUUUUGAAGUACAUGGGGGCAUCAUAUAAUACCACUAAUAUCGAGUCCCAAGUAUUUGGCGGGAAACAAGCAGUACUGCAACAGCUGCAAAAGCUUGUUCAACAGGUCCGAUUUUUUGAUACUAAGGACUAUUUGAAAGCCUUUAAAGCAGGACAAGUAUGGGUGGCCGUCGGUUGGAGCAGUGAUGUUCUUCCCUUUGCCAAAACACUGUCAAAUGUUUCGGUAAUAGUUCCCAAAUCCGGUGCUAGCUUGUGGGCUGAUUUCUGGGAUCUUCAUAUGAAAUCCACUCUGAUUAUCAUUAUGGAUUUGAUUCUAUAG